AUGGGAAAGCCCAAUUGUCCAUUUUGUGCAAUUGCCAAAAACGUACUAGCAAAGUAUUUAGGUAAAGAAAUCGAAGAAAAACAGUACAAAGAAAUAGAUAUCUCAGCGCACCCUGACUGUCAGGCUGUCCAGGACGCACUUUUAAGGAAAACAGGUGCUCGAACGGUUCCUCGAGUCUUUAUAAGCGGUAUCUGCAUCGGUGGUGGUACUGAAACUAGGGACAUGGACCAAACAGGGGAAUUAAAAAAGUUGCUCUCCUAA